AGAUGGCGGCGGCGGCGGCUCGCUGGGCGCUGCUGGCCCUGGCGCUCGCGCUGUGCGCGGCCGCGGCCGACGAGCCCGAGGGGAAGCGGCGGCCGGCGCCGGCCAAGAAGAAGAAGGACAUUCGGGACUACAACGACGCGGACAUGGCGCGGCUGCUGGAGCAGUGGGAGAAAGAUGAUGACAUUGAAGAGGGGGAUCUUCCUGAACAUAAGAGACCUCCUGCCCCAGUAGAUUUCUCAAAAAUUGACCCAGGCAAGCCUGAAAGUAUUCUGAAGUUGACGAAAAAGGGGAAGACUCUGAUGAUGUUUGUCACGGUGUCGGGAGAACCCACUGAAAAGGAGACAGAGGAAAUCACCAGCUUGUGGCAAGGCAGCCUCUUCAAUGCAAACUACGAUGUACAAAGGUUUAUUGUUGGCCCAAAUCGUGCCAUAUUUAUGCUGCGAGAUGGUGGUUACGCCUGGGAGAUCAAAGACUUCUUGAUAAAUCAAGAAAGGUGUGCGGAUGUUACUCUGGAAGGCCAGGUUUACCCUGGCAAAGGAGCAAAAGAAGGUGAUAAAGUAAAAAAUAAAACAAAACCUGAGAAAGGAAAGAAGAAAAAGGACACGGGCAAGAAUUCUGAAGGCAUCAAAGAGGACAACCGAGCAACCAAACAGAGAGAGGAUCUAUGACAGACACAUGAACCAGACUGAACACUGCUCUGUUGUUGCUGGCAGGGAAGUUAUGCUGCCGUACAAUUCCUGGCUUUAUUGGGGGGAAGGAAGAGAUUACUGAGCUUAAAGACUUCUGUGUUCAAAUAUACCAGUUUACUUAUUAAUGUUGGUCACUUGUUUAGCAACCGCACAGGUACCAGAGUUUGACUACUUUAGUAUUUUUUGUUUGUUUGUUUGUUUUAUGUGUUUAACAUAUKAAUCUGUGCAUCUAACAUUGCAAACCAAGUGGCAAAGAAAGAAUGCAAUGGCAGAAUACCCUGGUGUUCAUCUGGAGUAGCAAUUCUCUGUCCAGAGGACACAAGUUAGUCAUUGAUUUGUGGUUGCUGCUGCGUAGCAGGACACAUUGCUAGAAGAUGCUUUUGUGGGCACCAGUUUUGCAGGAUUCAGGGAGCCAAAUACAGACAAUAGUGUUACUGUGGCCAAAGAUGCCUGAAAUCUUAAGGCUUACAAUUCAUAUGGUUAUACUGCUUGUUUCUUUAAAAUAAACUAAGGACYUUUCUGUUUGCCCCUUCAAAAAUCCAUGCAAGUGCCUAGAAGUGUAGUACAAAUUAGGCAGAGAGUUUCAKCAGUCUACAUCAGUACAGAAUCGGUGCAGAAAGGAGAUUCUCUGCCCAUUAGAAAUGGUACUGUUGAGGUUAAUGGAAUUGCAGAACUAGCAUGAACACUAUCCUGGUGAAAGGAAAGGCAGAGUUGCAGCAUUCAAGCUGCUGCUGCUGUCAAGGAUCUGUGCCUGGGAAGACAAAUAUUGUGUUUCAGUGCCUGGGAAGGCAAAUACUGUGUUGCAGUAUCUGGAAAGUUAAACUUGGAGUUAGGUCACUCACUGAUGUUCAAUAACCAGAUUUCUUUAGUAGAUUCCUCAUUGAAAUAUCGGUUAUAAGUGAUCAUUGAUUUAAAUGCAUUAAAGCUUGAUGUAUGGAAGCAAGUCAAAUUCCUCCUCAACAGACUGUAUAGUCAGGAGGGUCUUAUUUAAAUGGUACUCAAUCAAAUGCAUGGCUUAGAAUUGUUUCCCAUUUCCUCAUUUUUUAAGGACUAAAUGUGCUUAGUUUAUAUGAUCCCUGUCUUCUUCUUCCAGAGGUUGAGUAAGGUAUUGGCUUUCUUCAUAAUAAUAAGACUUUUUUGUUGUUAUUGUCUUCUUGUUAAGGUGCUAAAAUCUAAGUGUUUUGGAUGAAAGUUCUUAACCGUAAUGUUUGGUUGUGUGGAAUACUUCGAUAUCAGAAAUGGGAAACCAAUUUGCKGAGUACUUGUUUCAAAAUAAAAGAUGCCACUGAACCCCAUGUGUUAUUAUUUUGAAGCCUUAAUGAAGCAGUAAUGCUUGAAAAUUGUGUAUCGCCUGUUAAUUUAGUUAAGUGUUUGAGAGAGAGGCUCACCYACCUUUGGAUUCUGUGCUUGGUCGUAAAGACUAAA